GUAGUUGUUUGAGUUUCAUUGUCUAGCUUUUUUGCUUAUAAUUUUCUCAUUCAUAACUUUUUUACUUUUACCAUAUAAUAUAAAGAUUGAUCAACAUGUGACAGUCUUCAUAUUUUGGCUAAGAAGAUACAGGGAAUCUGGGGAAUUUCAAGAACUUGAGAGUUGAAGGCAUCUUUCCUAAUUUUUCAAUUUCAAUGAUGUUCUUCAAGCAUUUGCUCCUUGUAUCGAUUCUAUCUUUAAGCUUUGAAGUGAAACGAGUAUAUGUAGAUGCUAAGCUGCCUCAAACUGAGGUUGAUGUUCUGAAUCAGAUUGCCAAAACAAUGGGGGCUACUAACUGGACUUUUGAUGCUGACACUGCCUGUGAACUCCAUGAAAAAUCGGCUGUUACAGAAGUAACCAAGAACAUCUCUUGCAUCCUGGGUCCCGAUGGCAGUACCCACCACAUUUCAGUAAUAGAAUUCAAACGUUACAGCCUUUCUGGAGUUCUUCCGCCUGAAUUAAACCAACUUCCCAAUAUCUCUAAAGUUGAUUUUUCCUACAACUACCUGAAUGGAUCGAUACCAGCCGAAUGGGCUUUGACGCAAUUAAAUUUUAUCUCUCUCUCUGGGAACCGAUUAUCAGGCAAUAUUCCGAGCCAUCUGGGGGACAUCACCAGUCUAACUUACUUGGACAUCGAAGCAAACCAAUUCUCAGGAACAGUACCCACUCAGCUCGGGAAGCUAGUUAAACUGGAAAUUCUGAAGCUUUCCUCCAAUAGAUUGACUGGAAAUUUACCAAAUGAAUUUUCUCAGCUGACAAAUAUGACAGACUUUAGGAUCAAUGAUAACAAUUUCAAUGGAAGCAUACCAGAAUUUAUACAAAACUGGAGGCAACUUGGGAGAUUGGAAAUCCUAGGUAGUGGAUUGAAAGGACCCAUUCCAUCAUCCAUCUCCCUUUUGGAAAAUCUACAACAAUUUAAGAUUAGUGACAUAGAUGGAACAAAUCAAGCUUUUCCUGAUCUUAAAAAGAAUACCCGCCUUAGACGGUUGACUUUGAGGAACUGCCAUAUUUCAGGAGAAAUACCUAUGUACGUCUGGGAAAUGAAUAAUCUGAGAGUUCUGGACCUCAGCUUUAACAAGUUAACUGGGGAACUUCCCAAUGUUGCAAUCCCUAGGGAUCUGCUAUUUAUAUUUCUAACUGGCAACUUUCUUAGCGGAGAUAUACCAGAGUCAAUAUUAGUGAAAGGAAGUAAUGUGGAUCUUUCCUACAAUAAUUUCACUCAGCCAACCUCUGAGCAUCAUGCUUGCCAGAGCAUGCAGGAAUUAAAUCUGAACUUGUUUCAAAGUUAUUCAGCAGCAAACAACUUAAGUCGGGUUCUUCCAUGCAAGGCUGAUCAGAAAUGUCAUCGAUAUUGGCGCGCUUUCUACAUUAAUUGUGGUGGGAAAAAUGUAAAAGAAAAUGGCAGCACAUUUGAAGGAGAUGGAGAAGUAGAUGGUGGUGCUGCAACUUAUUAUUUAAAUGAUAAUUGGGGAUUUAGUAGUACUGGAGACUUCGCAGAUGAUAAUAAUGAACAAAACAAACGUUAUGUUGCAUCUGUGCUCUCAUCAGACAUUUCAGAAUUAUUCAUUGAUGCCCGCAAAGCUCCUCUUUCACUUACUUAUUUUGGGUAUUGCUUAGAAAAUGGGAAUUAUGUUGUUAGUUUAGACUUUGCCGAGAUUCAGUUCACAAAUGACAACACAUAUGGAAGCCUCGGAAGGCGCAUGUUUGAUAUUUAUGUUCAGGACAAACAAGUUGAGAAGGAUUUCGAUAUAGAAGCUAAUGCUUCAGGGGUCCUUAAGCCAAUUACAAGAAAAUAUAAUGCUACCGUCACAGAUAACAUUUUAGAGAUCCGGUUUUAUUGGGCUGGCAAAGGGACUACUGCUCUUCCCGAAAGAGGAGUCUAUGGCCCCCUCGUAUCAGCAAUUUCUGUGGUGGAUGUCAACUACAAACCUGAAAAGAAGAAGAUUGCAGAAAUCAUUGUAGGUGUUGUUGUAGGAACAUGUCUCAUAAUAUUAGCACUGGGUGUCCUUGGUUGGAGAUACUAUUCCAGAAUCAGGAAGCGCAAAGGAAAUGAUUUUUUAGAAGGAUCAGAUCUGAAAACGAUUUCUUUUACCUUGAAGCAAAUUAAAGCUGCAACUGACAAUUUUGAUCUUGCGAACAAGAUUGGGGAAGGUGGUUUUGGGCCUGUUUACAAGGGUCAGUUAUCUGAUGGUACUAUAGUUGCUGUGAAGCAGCUUUCUUCAAAAUCAAAGCAGGGAAACCGAGAAUUCUUGAAUGAGAUAGCCAUGAUUUCGUGUCUGCAACACCAGAAUCUUGUAAAGCUUCAUGGAUGUUGUAUUGAAGAGGAUCAACUAUUGCUAGUUUAUGAAUACAUGGAAAAUAACAGUCUUGCCCGUGCUUUGUUUGGUCGUGAAAAUUGUCAAUUGAAGUUAGAUUGGCCAACCAGACAAAAGAUUUGUAUUGGGAUAGCUAGAGGUUUAGCUUUUCUUCAUGAAGAAUCAAGGUUCAAAAUUGUUCACAGAGACAUCAAAGCUACCAAUGUUUUGCUAGAUAAGGAUCUAAACCCCAAAAUAUCGGACUUCGGGUUGGCUAAGCUUGAUGAGGAGGAGAAAACCCAUAUUAGCACUCGAGUUGCUGGAACAAUAGGAUACAUGGCACCAGAAUAUGCACUUUGGGGUUAUCUGACUUACAAGGCAGAUGUUUACAGCUUCGGAAUUGUUGCAUUGGAAAUUGUUAGUGGGAGAAACAACAAGAGUUAUGGUCCAGCUGAGGAUUGCACUUGUCUUCUAGAUUGGGCUUGUAAGUUGCAGCAAGAAAAGAAGAUAAUGGAGCUAGUUGAUCCAAAGCUGGGAUCAGAAUGCAACAGAGAGGAAGCUGAAAGGAUGAUAAGAGUAUCUCUAUUGUGUACAAAUGCUUCACCAUCACUGAGGCCAACUAUGUCCGAAGCUGUAAGUAUGCUGGAAGGGAAAACUGCGAUCCCAGAUAUCAUCCCUGAAGUAGGUAGUUACAGUCAAGAUUUGAGGUUCAAAGCCAUAAGAGACUUCCAUGGACUGAACCGCAGUCAAACUCAGCGUUCAACACCAGCCCAGGACCUCUACACAAUUGAUGAUGAGUCAUAUUUGAGGCAUAAAGAUGCUAAUAAACUGACUGAAACAGGGAUUUCAGAUGUUCAACUUUCAACGUCUAUGCCAUCAUGGACUGGCUCUUCGUCAAACAUCAAUACCAAUUUGUAGUAUAAAGAACGUUACAGGUAUUGAUUCUCACUUUCUCUUUAUUUAUCUCUAAUAAAUUUUUAUUGGUUAUUCAUUUUACAAUUGUGAUAUUAAUAAGAAUUGAGCUACAGUUGUAAAAAUUUAAUUAACAUCUAUGAAGCAAUGGCUCAAUAACAUAUUGUUACCGUCCUAAAAUGUCAAUUUAACAGUUAAGGACUGAAUUGGUUUUAAAUCUCUGAAGAAAUGUACUGACAUUCAUGUGGAGCCUAAAGUUGGCUCGAAUACAUUAUAUGUUAUUCAUUAGUAUUGGUGGGUA